AUGACUAAAUUAUCUAAAAGUACUACCACCUUCACCUUAAACAAUGGUGUCAAGAUCCCAGCUGUUGGUCUUGGUACUUGGCAAGCCAGUGAAAAGGGGGCUGCUCGUAAUGCCACCAAAGUUGCCAUUGAAAAUGGUUAUAGACAUAUUGAUACUGCUGCUGGUUAUCAAAAUGAAGGUGAAGUUGGGGAAGGGAUUAAAGAUUCUGGUGUUCCAAGAGAAGAAAUUUUCAUUACUACUAAAUUAACUAAUGAAGAUCAUAAAAGAGUGGCUGCUGCUUUUGAAGAAUCUUUAAAGAAAUUAGAUGUGGAUUAUAUUGAUUUAUAUUUAGUUCAUUGGCCAGUUUCAACUGAUCCUGUCACCAAAAAGGCUUUUGAAGAUUGGGAUUAUGUUGAUACUUAUAAAGAAGUUCAAAAACUUUAUAAAGCUGGUAAAGUGAAAUCAAUUGGGGUUUCAAAUUUCACUAUUAACAAAUUAGAAAGAUUAUUAAGUGAUCCAGAAGUUGAUGUCGUUCCAGCUGUUAAUCAAAUUGAAGCUCAUCCUUUCUUACUUCAAACUGAAUUAUUUGAUUAUCUUAAGAAAAAAGGUAUUUUAAUCGAAGCUUAUUCUCCAUUAGGUUCAACCAAUGCUCCAUUAGUUCAAAAUGAAGUCAUUACUGAAGUAGCUAAAAAGAAUGAUGUUACUCCAACUAGUGUUUUAAUCUCUUGGGCUAUUCAAAGAGGUACUGUUGUGUUACCAAAAUCAGUUACUGAUUCAAGAAUUAUUGCUAAUUUAGAAACUUUUGAAUUAUCUGAAGCUGAUUUCGAAGCUUUAAAUAAAAUCUCUGGAAAAUUUGGUAUUAAAAGAUUCGCUAACCCACCAUGGAAUAAUUUCGAUGAUUAA